CGUCUCUCUUUGUAUUUCAAGCCGUUGUAUAUGCGGCGCAGCCACGAGUUUAUGACGAUUGGAAGCUUAUAGGCCCUUAUUUCUUGGACGCGUUUUCUCGGCGCGGCGCUAAUCGGAUUUCCAGCGGCCCAAGGAGGACAAGAAAUCAGUAGCCAUGGCGGGGCAACAGAAGAACAACACAAAACCGGCGGCCAAGGGCAAGAAGAUGGCGCCAAAGGCGAAGAAGGCUGAUGAGCGCGAGGAGACGUUCCAGGCAGUGGUUUUGACAGACUCGUUCGAGACGCGCUUCCUCCCAUUCUCACUGGAGCGACCAAGAUGUCUUCUUCCAAUCGGCAACACGCCAAUGAUUGACUAUACCUUGGAGUUUCUUUCUUUCAACGGGAUCAGAGAGGUCAUUGUCUACUGCACGGCGCAUACAUUUGAAGUGGAAGCAUAUUUGCUGGCUUCAAAAUGGAACCCUGCGACCUCCUUCGCCUCGCCAUUCUCAAGCCUUGAGUUCAUUCAUUCUCAGUCCACUUCAUACGGAGAUGCCAUGAGAAUGAUUGAUAGCCGCGGUAUCAUUACUGGCGACUUCCUCUUGACUUACGCCGACGUUGUCUCGAACUUACCUAUCGGCCCCAUACUCCAGAAGCACCGAACGAGAAGGACCGACGAUAAGAACGCGAUCAUGACGGUCAUCACAAGAUACGGCGGGCCUGGGCUACACCGGGCGAAGCCUAAAGCGGUUGUCCCAGUGUUUGUCAACAACCCACGCAAAGUUCGCAUUCUUCACUAUGAUGAGAUGACUCCAUUCGACGAGAGGAAAUACAUUGACCUGCCAGUCGAGGUACUGGAGGAGCCUGAGUUUGAGAUGCGUGGCGAUUUGAUUGACACGGGAAUCGAUAUCUGCACUCCAGACGUCUUGGCUCUUUGGUCAGAGUCGUUCGACGCAGAGAAGCCACGAUCCCAAUUCCUUCACAAUAUCCUGAAGGAUUACGAACUCAAUGGAAAGACUAUCCAUAUUGAAAUCGUCGACAAGCAUUACGCUGCAAGAGCUAGCACGCUCCAGAUGUAUGACUGCGUCAGCAAGGACAUCCUUGGGCGAUGGACGUUCCCAAUGAUUCCUGACAACAACUGGGUCAUUGAUCAAAAGUAUAACCGUGGCGCUGGUGGUAUAAUCAAGGAAGACGGUGUUAUCCUUGCCCGCAGCUGCAAGGUCGGCAAGAAGACGGUACUCGGGAGAGCAACCAGUAUCGGCGACGGCACAGUUAUCAGCAACUCUAUCAUUGGCCGUAGGUGUCAAAUCGGCAAGAACGUCGUCAUCGAGGACUCCUAUAUCUGGGACGAUGUUGUCGUAGAGGAUGGGGCGCACAUCCAGAAGUCCAUUAUCGCCAGUGAAGCUGCGAUUGGCAAAUCCGCAGCCAUCCUCGAAGGAUCACUCAUUUCAUAUUCCGUUCGAAUCGGCAGCAACACUACAGUCAAGGCCGGCGAGCGCAUAACUAGAGCAAAGCGCAAGCGCGAAGACGUUGAUGGCGAGCCUCUUGCACGAGUGCCAGCAGACACCGCUAUUGUCGGUGAAGGAGGCGAUGGUUAUGCCUACGAAGAUGCUGAAGAGGAUGAGAAGGAUAUCUGCCGUGAUCUUCUCAGCACCCUUAUCUACAGCACUGCACACCUCAACAUCGCCGAAGACUCGUAUUCCCAGAUCGGAUCCGAUGCAGGCUCUGACGAGGAUGAAGCCGAGGCACGCUCCCGACACUCAAGUUUCGCAAGCGCGGUAUCUGAUGAUGAGGCCUCGGGAGACGAGUCAAGUGGCGCAAACUUCCACAAGGACGCUGUUGCGGAUGUGUUCAAGACUUUGAGCGAGAGCGGCGACUUCCACAACACCCGUGUAGAAUUCACUUCCCUUCGUCUCAGUAAUAACGCCACUGACCACCACAUGCACCGUGCCAUUGCAGUCGGUUUCAUCAAGCGCAUUGUGCAGCUCAUCGAGGGUGGUGCUGAGCCGCUCAAGGCCGUCAAACAGACACUUGCACAGGAAGGCGCCACGGCGUUCCUGUCUGAUGUUGCCCUCGGUAGGGACAAGCGUGUCGGAGACCAGGCUGAUCUCCUCACGAGCUUCCAAAAGGACCUCUGCAAUCGUGAUAAGGGAGAGGCUGUCCUCUUCAGUCUCUGCAAGGAGUUUUACGACCUAGAAGUCAUCGAAGAGGAGGGCUUCGAGGCAUGGUGGAAGGACCCUAAGAGCAGCGAAACCGAGCACAUGAUACGUGUCAGGACGAUGGCAGGUGGCUUCAUUGCGUGGCUGGAGGAAGCGGAGGAAGAAGAUAGCGAUGAUGAUGAAGACGACGAAGACAGUGACUGAAGCUCUGAGCAUGUUGAUUGUACACGAUUUAUGUCAUGUAGUGCAGAUGAUUACGAAUGGAAAUACCUGGGGGGAAGACUCGGUAGUAUCCUGGGCCGCAGUCUGAAUGAUCCGGCGUGGGGACUGCUUCAGGUAUUAAGUGAGGCGAGUGAUUAUUAGAAUCGUGGGCGGGUUGUAAGUUCCACGGCCAAGAUUGUUCUUGGUGGACGCCUACCUACCUUUACUAUAGAGAGGAAUAUAUACACGAU